AUGCGUUUCCAACACUUCACUCGUUUUCUCCGCAUCCUCACCACUGCACCUUCCAUCACAUCCCUUUCUCCACGAUCCAUUACCAGGAUACCUUUUCCAGUCUCAAGAGCGACAGCCCUCAAAGCUGCGCCCACCAUUCCAUUUCUAAGCUCAUUCUUCAGCUCAAGUGCCAAAGCCGAGGAGUCCAACAUGUCCUACCCCGAGCAACGAAGUGAGGCGGAAUGGCGGGCAGUCCUGUCACCAGAACAGUUUCGCGUCCUGCGCGAAAAAGGCACAGAGCCCCCUUACACGGGCGAAUAUGACUCCCAUUUCUCGUCCAAGGGUGUCUACACCUGCGCCGGCUGCAACGCCCCGCUCUACAAGGCCACGCAUAAAUUCAAGUCCGGGUGCGGCUGGCCUGCAUACUUUGACUCCAUCCCCGGUGCGGUGACCAGACAUACGGAUCGCUCGUUUGGGAUGGAGCGGACGGAGAUUGUGUGUAGUAACUGCGGGGGUCAUUUGGGCCAUGUCUUUAAGGGUGAGGGGUAUCCUACGCCGACAGAUGAAAGGCAUUGCGUGAACAGUAUUAGUUUGAAGUUUACCGAGGAUGAAGAGGCAGCGAAGUCGAAGGCAUGA